GUAUUCGAAAGCUUUUGAUUACGAUGUUCCUCCCAACAUUAACAGACAAGCAGCGGUCGAGCGCGCUGCUCUCGAGGAGUUCCUGGAACGGGUGUCUAUGUUGAUUCGACGUCUUCGUCUGAUUAUGCCGCCAACUACGCAGGUGAUUUGGAUAAACAUGCCCUGGCCUGUUCCCUCGGAUACGCGGUCGAUUUUGAACAGAGUUGAUAACAGUGACACAAAGCAUCUCAACCGAAUGAUGAUUGUGGAUGCUAAUUACCGUGCCUCGCAAUUGUUCCGCGCAGCUGGCUAUGAUGUGCUUGAUAUCGGCUUCUACAUGCGAAAUCACGCACUCUACGCAUAUCGCGUGAAAGACGGUGUUCAUUGGGACUGUAUAGGAACGCGUAUUAUGACACAGCUGGUCAUUGGACAUUUAGCACGUUCGUGGAAUAUUCCUCUUCCUGCUAGGAUUAAGGAUAAGCUCACCAAAUUGUUCAUUUUGUUUGAAACAGAUCAGUUCCUCACUUCGGAAAGAAUGUUCCGAUUCCAGAGAAGAAUCCGAGCUGGUGUUCUUCAACAUAUCAAGGAAGUGAAGCCGGAGUG